AUGUUACUCUUUGUGCUCAAACAAAUGCCACAAGAUCAACAGUCCAAAGAGGAAAUGCUUAGUAUAUGUCGUAACUAUUACCGAAAUAACAAAAAACAAUUAAAAAAGAUCGAGCAGUUUCGGGUAAGUUACACGAGUGACAAGGCGAUCGAGUGGUAUACGGAUGAAUGCUUUAUCUACAAAUUAUUGAAUAAAGCAUUGCGCGUUGAAGAUAUUGAACUACUGCACACUUUCCGGUUCUUCAUCAUCGAUCUGUGUGCCGCGCUCGAACGGGAAAGCUUGCAAUGGAAAAACAAGGCCACUCUGACUACUUUUCGUGGAACACAAAUUCCCAGCGACGAACUGGAAAGAUUGAAAGAAAACAACGGGAAGAUUAUUUCAAUCAAUGGAUUCUUAUCUACUUCUCGAAACAUCGAUGUUGCCCUUGCAUUUGCUGGAGAAAGUAUUCCGCACGCUAUUUUUCAAGCCGUUCUCUUUGAAAUUGAAGUGAAUCCUUCGAUGAGAACGGUGGUCUUUGCUGAUGUGGGAAAAAAGUCGCGAAUGGAAGACGAAGAAGAAGUUCUCUUCACACUCAACUCUCUCUUCAAAAUCGAAUCAGUCACUUUUGAUUCAGCACGAAAGAUCUGGACAGUGAAGUUGAUGGGGACAGAUGAAGGGACAGAAAAAGUGCGGGAAUAUAUCGUAUCGAUCAAACAACGCUUGAAUGAAUAUCCGCCGAUUAUCUAUUUCGGUCGUCUACUAACCAAGGAAUUAGCCCAAAUGAAUCGGGCCGAGAAAUAUUUCCAGAUGCUAAUAAAAUCACUUCCAUCUGAUCACGAAGACAUGGCAGCAGUUUACCUGCAGAUGGGGACUAUAUACGAUCGAAGAGGUGAUCUAAAUGCUGCUUUGAAGUACUUCAACUUAUCAUAUGAGAUCGGUCAAAAUCGACGACCAUCCAAUUAUCCUCAGCUUGCGGGCUCUCUGGGCAGUAUUGGACGCAUUCAUCGAAGUAGAUGUAAGUUCGAUCAAGCACUCGCUUGUUUCAAACAGGAGCUAGACAUUGGAGAAAAAUAUUAUCCAGGUGAUCAUAUCCAUAAAGCCGUAGCAACGGAAUAUCUCGGUUUAAUACACGUUGAUAAGGAGGAGUUUGACGCUGUCUUCAACUAUCUGUUUGAUGCUCUUGCCAUGUUUCAACGUAUGUUACCUGCUCCACACCCGUAUAUCGCUCGGUCCCUUGGUUACAUUGGAUACGCUUACGAGAAGAAGGGAGAGCUCGAUUGUGCAUUGGAUUAUUACCAACAGCUACUGGACAUGGACGAACAAUGUUUGCCACCUGGUCAUCCUGAUCGCUCGAUAGAUUUGGAGAUGGUUGUUCACAUUUACAAGAGGAUGGGGGAGAGUGAAAGAGCUUUGGACUUUUGUCGGAAGAAACUGAAUGAUCAGCAGAGUAGUCUAGGUGAGACACAUUCUUGCAUUGCUCGGACAUUGAUUAGCAUGGCUGAUGUUCUGAAGGAGGGAAAUCCCAACGAAGCAUUCACUAACUACAAACAAGCUCUGACAAUCUUCGAACAAUCAACCUCACUUGAUCACGGACUAGCUUCUUAUUGUCUUUCAGCAAUUAGUUGCUUAUAUUGGAAACGCGAAAGGAUGGAAGAUGCUCUGCGAUACGAAUUGCAAGCACUGGAUCUACACCGUGAAACAUUGUCGUCUGAACAUAUCAAAAUUGCGAACAGUUUGAGGAAUAUUGGUAUAUAUUAUCGCUGCAUGCAUGAUCGGUCAGCAGCGUCUCGUUAUCUUCAUGAAAGUCUAUCAAUCUUUCGAGUCAAUUACAACUCAGAUCAUCCAGACGUAAAAAGAGUUGAGGCUGAUAUUGCCAAUUUGAUUUCAGUUCGCGGUCCUGAACAAGCUUUCAGAGCAUUAGUGAUCACCACCAUUGACGAUCGUCGACGGCCCUAUACGAUACCAUGUGCGACGAUAACAUACCAUUUCAAUCAGUAG